AGUAACAAAACAAAAUAAAAAAAGAAAAAAGAGAAUAAAUUACACGGUAAGAUAGUGAUUAUGCGUGUGUAUUAUGUGUGGGUUCCACAUGAUCGAUGACUAAAAAAAAUCGACCUCUUUCCUUUCAGAUCACUAAUCAACUUACUAUCACAAAAGAGACUAAUCAGUUGAUUGCAAUGCAAGUGGUUCUUAAUGCAGUUCUGUGCAUGACAUAACAUUGCCCACUACAUGUCUACAGGGAAAACAAGAGAAACCCCAACAUGAAGACACCAGAGGAGAUAUUCUUGUCCAAAAGAAAAAACACAUGAAAAUGGUAAGAUACGAUUCUAUCUUAUUUCCUGCUUUUACCGCCAUUAUUAGCAAUUCUCUUGGGCCCAUUACUCUCCACAAAACAAUAACUCUAAAGGCAAUUAAAAACACAAGCUAAUCCCACCACCACUCAAUAUCUUUAUUCAACAAAGCUUAUCAUGCACUCAGUUAUAUACACAGGAGCUACUUUUUCCACUUCUGUACUCAUCCCAUUUUCUUUGACACCCCACCCAAUUCCGAUCUAUAAAAAGAUGAAUUCCCCUAGAGAAGCCAUCGAAGGUAUACCCACCAACAAACCAUACAACAAGUCAAGAGCCGAUGAUGAUGGUAGUAAAGCAAUGGAAGAGAAAAAUCUAGGAGAGUGGCUGAACCUAAGCCUUGGUGGGAAUUCGGUAUCAACAAAUGGAGACUCUUCUGACUUGCAAUCAAGACCAGCGUCCACCAAAGUUUUCUCAUGUAACUUCUGCAUGAGAAAGUUUUACAGUUCCCAGGCACUAGGCGGCCACCAGAAUGCACACAAGAGGCAGAGAGGUGCAGCCAGGACAUAUCAUCCCCACAACAUGAUGUCAACUAUGGGUCUGCCUAUCAACACUAACAUGGUUCGAUCACUAGGUGUUCAAGCUCAUUCUCUGGUGCAAAAGACGCACAGAGAUGGAACUGCAACUGUAGCAAGAUUUAAUGAUGCUAACACAGGCUUUGGUAUGGCAUGGAUGCCUUUCACACUAGAGGAUGCAAUGGAUUCGAUGUGGCCAGGCAGCUUUCGCUUUGAUCCACAACAACCAGAAACAUCAUCUGAAUCAUCCAAGCUCGACUUAAAUCUUAGACUCUAGUUAGGCUAUUCUACCUCCCCAAGUAUGGCAGUCUCUUCUAGUUUCUUUUCUAUGGAAAGAGUCAUUGAUUUGUUCAUCCAUCAAGUAUAGAUAGCUAACUUAGGCAAGAACCUAAAACCUCAUGGAGAUAAGAGUUCUGGUUCUACCUAAUAAGCUAGAAGAAACACUAUGAAUAUCCUUUCAGUGAUGCACCACCAAAUGUUUAUUCCUUUUUCUACUUCUUCCAAGUUGGACAAGGCCCACUGUUUUCAUGUUUUUCUCCACUAAUUCGAUGCCACCGGAAGAGCCACAAAAUAAUCCUCAUUAUCAGCUUACUUUUGAUCUCUCAAUGCCUAAAUAAUUCCAGGUGCAUUAUUCCAAUGUCACCAAAGCUGCAAAAGGUUUUGGGCAUCCUAGUUAUACAAUGCUGUAUUUUUUCCCCCUUUUUGUACAAUAUUUCAUCUGAGAUAUGUAAUAAUUAUAUAAAUCAUCAUGAGAUGA